AUGAGUAGUCUGUCUAUCUCUGUUUCGAUCGUCCAUUCGGCAGACCUGAAUUUCAGCUUUCCUGAAUUCACCAGAUGCAAUACAAGCGACAUUCUCUGUGUUUUAGACGCCACAAUAUCAGAGCAUGAAAUCCAUCUUACAAAUAGUUCAAGUGCUUCCUACAAAUUGACCGACAGGACAGCAGGCAGAGUUGUUUACAACCAGACCAUUCAGAUGUCUUCUCUUGCCAGUUUUACAACGCAGAUGCAGUUUGUUAUGAAUUAUUAUGGAGGCCAUGGAAUCGCUUUCUUAAUGACAUCAAAAGAAAUCGCGAUUCAGCGGACAAGUUGCUCCCACGCUGGUCUUCCAGGAAAUGGAUCAGAUCUCUCAGCUGACGCAUUCGCUGUUGAAUUUAGUAGUGAAUCAUCCCAUGUCCACACAAAAGUUGGUAAUGCUCGCCCUAUAGAUUACAAUACUACCGAGUUAAACGAAAUUUUAAAUGAUGGUACUUUGUGGAAUGCACGUAUAGAUUAUGACGGUAUAAGAAAAUACCUGCAAAUAUUCUUGUCCAAUGCCUCCAAUAGCUCAAUGUCCCAAACAGAUCCGGUUCUAGCGCAUCCUUUUGAUUGCUCAAAGUAUCUUCCUGAUAACCUUGUAGUAGGGAUUUCUGCUUCUGCUCAUGACUCCUUUGAGACGCACACAAUCCUUUCAUGGAGCUUCAAUACCAAGGCAAAAUCGAAGAAAUCUUCCAUGAAAAUAAUAAUUGUGACGACUGUAGUGACUUCUUUUUGUUUAGUAGUAGUAAUAGUUAUGUGCAGCUUAUUUUCCAUUGCCAAAAAGAAGAGGAGAUUGGGAAGUAGAAGAGAACAAACAUGUGAAGAUAAUGAAAUAGAGAUUGGCAUGCUUGUAGACAAGGGUCCAUGUAGAUAUAAGCUGGAGGAUCUCAAGGCCGCAACCAACAAUUUCAGUGAAAGUGUAAAGCUUGGAGAAGGAGGAUUUGGAGAUGUGUACAAAGCAGUUUUAGAAGAAACAAAUGAAGUGGUAGCUGUAAAGCGAAUCUCACAAAGGUCGAGACAAGGAAUGAAAGAGUUCAUCUCAGAAAUAAGUAUUGUCAGUCGAGUAAGACAUCGAAAUCUCGUUCAACUUUUGGGAUGGUGCCACGAGAAAGGAGAAUUGCUUUUGGUAUAUGAAUACAUGUCCAAUGGAAGCCUUGACAAAUAUCUUUUUGUAGAUUCUCAUCCACUGCAGUGGAGUUACAGGUAUCGAAUAGCUCUGGAAAUAGCUUAUGGACUAUUGUAUCUCCAUGAAGGAUGGGACCAAUGUAUUGUACACAGAGAUGUAAAAUCCAGCAAUGUUAUGCUUGAUUGCAACUUCAAUGCAAAGCUUGGGGAUUUUGGUUUGGCACGCAUGUUUGAGCACAAUCGUCUAUCUCAGACCACAAUAGCGGCUGGAACCUUGGGUUACCUCGCUCCUGAGUGUGUAAUGACUGGAAGAACAAGUCCUGAAUCAGAUGUUUAUAGCUUUGGAGCCGUGGCCUUGGAAAUCGCUACAGGAAGGAAAGCGUUAGAUGUGAGUUUGCUAGAGCAUAAUAUGAGACUUGUGGAGUGGGUAUGGGAUCUUUAUGGGCAAGGAAAAGUUUUGGAAGCCGCAGACGGGAGGUUUGAUGGAGAGUUUGAGAAGACAGAAAUGGAACAAUUGAUGGGGAUAGGGCUGUGGUGCUCUCAUCCAGAUCCAGCUGAAAGGCCCAAAAUAACUCAAGUGGUGAAGUUGCUGAAGCUGGAAGAUCAAGUGCCUCAGCUCCCUCCAGCAUUACCUGUACCAACAUAUGCUGUGGUUCAAGGAGCCAAGCUCCCAGUGGCUUCUUCACUUACAACUGGUCUUUCUCAGGCAUUCCCAUAUUUUGCUUCAACCCCUUCUCAUUCGAUGGAAUCUUCAACCUCUGUAUCAGCGGGCGCUCCAGGUACUACGUCUCAAGUCUCCUCCUCUUCAUAUUCAAGUGCGCUUCCCAUGGAAUAG